GCGGUCCAGACCUCAAAUAGCUUUUGUGUUCAGUCCAAAAAUAAGAUCACAUGAGAGGGGGAGAAAUAAAUACACAAGUGCUUGUCCUCGGGCUUUCUGUGGGCGCACCAGGGUCAGCUGCACUUGCAGGGGCCCAAGAGGGUGGCCUCCCUCCCCAGGCUCCCCAAGGCUGUCAGGCUGAGCGUGGAGAGGGGUUUCCUUCACCUCAGCUCUUGGGGCUCCUCUGAGCACCAUCCACACGAGGAAGGGAGCAGGAGAAAGAGGACAAGUGGAUCCAGCAGCCUCCCUUCCAGGGGAAUAAGGGCAUCGCCUCCUUUCCUUAGAGGACACUCCCUUCUAGUGGUGAAUGGGAACUCCCUUCCUCUUGCAGCAGCCUGCCUGCAGCAGUCCUGGUUACACGGUGUGGACGCUGCAAAGCUGUCACUGCCCGGAAAGGAAGACCCAGAGCCAAGGCGAAAAGAGCUGCAGUAGCCUGGAGGUUCAGAGAGCCGAGGGCUGCUGGGGAGGCAGCUGCAGCGAGGUGACAGUGACACACACAGAGCAGAGGACUCCAAGCAGGUUCUUCUUGCCCUGGGACGGCGCUGCUUGAGAGUGGAGAGAAUACAGCCUCAGCCCACAAGCUCUCCAGUCUUGAAGGUGCCACAACCAGCAACCGCUGAGCCAUGGCUGAAGGGGAAAUCACAACCUUCACAGCCCUCACAGAGAAGUUUAAUCUGCCUCCAGGAAAUUACAAGAAGCCCAAGCUCCUCUACUGUAGCAACGGGGGCCACUUUCUGAGGAUCCUUCCGGAUGGCACUGUGGACGGGACACGAGAUAGGAGCGACCAGCACAACCUCAUAGAAACCGGAGCGCAGGAGCGACUCGAGCCAAAUGCUGAGUAUCUCUUCCAGGCCUUCCUGGCAGCGCGGCUCUCAGCUGGUGUUGAUAAAUGGAGAUCAUGGGUGGAUGCUGGCACUUACAGGUGACGCUGUCCCUUCCUUCUCACUUGCCACACAAACGCUGGAGAUGAGGAGCAGGAAGACUGAUGCUGGGGUUCGCAGCUGUGGAAUUAGGUUUGGGGAGAUUUGUUUUGAUGGUCUUCAAGUAAGCCUGAUGAAUGCCUUAUACUUGGUGGAAAAUGAGUCAUAGAAUAAGGUGAAAAAGACUCUAGUUUGUUAAAAAAAAAAAAAAAACAUGCAUGAGCAAUAUUGAUGCAAAUAAAUGGACUUAGAUUGUGGCCCAUCGUGCCAGGCAUGGUAUACAAUUUGUGUGAUCUGCCCCAUGCCACCACACAAGGGGAACAGGCUUAAUUUCUCUGGCAUUUAAAUGUUUCUAGUAAGUUUUACCAAUUUUCCAAAUCAGUGGAGAAUGCUCUCUGGUGCUCCAGAGGAAAGACAACCUUGGUGAUGUGCUGCUCUUCUGGGAACAAGAAGUUGCAAGGCUAGAAUUUCUGGAUGACUUCAUUACUGUCAUUCUAUCAUUAACAUACACUGAACUCUUGAAAGGAUCACUGGGACAACUUCUGAAGGCUGCUGUGACCCCUGACCUAAGAUAUCAGGCAACCUUGCAGCAUAGCACCCAAGUAAUGCUGUAGGAGUGUUCGUGAGGACGUCUGCACCCAAGUAAUGCUGGGGUAUUUGCCAGGUGAACUUGAGCAAGUUGCUUAACCUUUCUGUCCUCAUUUUUCUCACUUAAAAAAUAAGAAACCUCAGUUUUCUUGGGAGGAUUGAGAUAACACAGUGAGAGUUCUUGGCAUGGUACCUGGCUCAGAAUAACAGCACAACACUGCUGUUAAUAUUGCUGUUAUCAUCAGGCUUUGCAGAUGUGCAACCCAGCAAAAGGAAACACCAAAUAUACUGAAGGACCUUCUAGUGUCCUUUGUUCUACAGUACAAGGCCAAGACUCAGGCUUCACUUCAAGGCCUCCCUCCAGUAUUGUGUUGCUGUUUUAACCUGUUACUUGUUUACGCUAGAACUAAGAGCAAGGGUCAAGAGGACAGAAAUCAGAGUAACUGAGGUGGGUGGGCAGAGAUCCAACCUUGUACCUGCCAAUGCCAGGGGGAACUGGAUAAAAAACUCACAGACCCUCUGCAGAGGCAGGGGCCCUCCAUUUAGAAUCUGAAGGCUUAAGACCACAUCCCUGCUCUGCCACUUUCUAACUAGAGCAGCACUGAAUGAUUAACAUUCCCUCUGUUUUGCAUAAAGUACCCUGCAAAAGAUGCUUCAAGCCCCCUGGCCCUAUGACUCUUCCAAUCAUCCUCUCCUGUCUAGAAAUUUAAAUGUCUCCAGUGUUUUCAGCUGUCCAACUUUGGGUAAAAUGUUUUAAUCUCACUGAGACUCAGUUUCUCCAUAUAAGAACAUGGCUCUGGGAGCUGCACAAGGUUGAAAAAUCUUAAGAUUCCACCAGUGAGACGAGUCCUGCUGGUAGGUGCGCGCUCUGAAUGCGGUUCUGUCGCCCUCUUCUGCUCAAUAGUGGUACUGCCAGGGCCCUCCUGAAUUUCAAGGGUUAUUCAGAAACAGAACAAGCCUUGGGCAGGCUUGAAGGAGGUUCCCCGGCUAACUGUUCUCAGCACAGUUAUUAUUAUUAUUAUUUUGAGCAUGACUAGAGACUGUGGUGACAGGUAGAGUUACACUUGAAGACUUCCUUCAGGAAGAACAUUUCUAAAGCCAAAUAUUUAAAUAAAU